AAUCUCAAGAGCUCCCAGAUUGAAGGAGCAAAAUAAAAUAGGGUCAGCUCGGCUGCAAUAAGUGUUGAGUCUUAAAGAGGCAGAAGCAUGCCCUAGAGUCAAGGCUGGGAAGGGCAUCUAGACCAAAGAAAUGGCUGUGCAAAGGCAGGCGGCAUGGGGACAAAGGAUAUUUGUGACGAAUAUGGCUUAAUUUUACACAAAUAAUUGUUUGAGACAAACAUCUUUUGUAUGCUGAGAGUUACUGGCAAUGAUGUUGUACUUCGGUUCUGUGUCUCCUUGAAGGAAAGAAUUCAGUCAAGAGUUAGAGUGUAUGCAGCAUAGGACAGCAGGAAGUUUAUUAGUAAAAUCAAGUACACUCGGAGACAUGGAGCGGGCUGACCUAAGAGAGGGAAGCAGCCUCGCCUUACACUGUGUGAGGGUUUUUAUUCCUAAGGGUAGAACUGUGUCCCCUCUCCCUCGCCAGCAUCUCUCAUUCUCCCAGCGGGCGGUGCCUCCUACUCCCUUGUUGCUCCCAAGGUUGUCUGAGGCAUGACCCUGACGUCCCCUAGUGGUUGAAGUGUCCUUGUUACCAGGCUGGAUACAGAGAGGCUGAGAUCUGCUCCCUGCUCAUUGGUGGUCAGAGAAGCGCCUCCGAGGAAACCUUGUUACCAGAGGAGAGAACGAGAGCCUAUUGGUUAGGACACCUCACAAAAGCCCGUCAGCUCGCAGGGUUCUGCCAAUUGGUUCGCUCCUGCCUCGAGAGACCCCUGUUGCCUGGACCCCCCGCCGCCUGCUUGGCGCCUUGGAACGAGCACUGCCUCGCCUACCCCUGUUCCCAUUGGCUGUUUUGGGGCCCGCCAUCCUCUAACGAGGAGCGGGACGCCGAGCACCCGAGUGCUUGCUCACUGCGGUGGGCUCUCUUUCUGCGGGAGGGCGGCCUGGGGAGACUGCCGCUGCCCACGCGGAGUGCAAAGGCCCCAGAGCCAGGCAUCUCCGCGGAGGACAGCCGUUCCCCUCAGGACUUGCCUAGACCACUGCCCCGGCCUCUCCUCAGGCUCUCUGCAUCUCCGGCCUGCAUCCCGACCUGAAUCCAGUAAGUUCGAAGCACCCACGUGGCGAGGGAACAUUCAGGGCCGACGGAGAGGGGCGUCCCUGUAUAUCCAGUCUGCAUGUCCUUUUAUUAAUACUUGUCCCGUUCAUCGUUUAUCCACCAUGUGUUCAACGGUUCGUUUAUUUGGCAUUCUGGGUCCACCCGCAGCGUCCCCUGCCCAAAUCCUUGCUUCUCUCCGACGGAGCUGGGAAAUCCCUUGCCCUAAAGAAUAAGGAGUGAGAGCAGAACCGAGGAGUGGUGGAGACGGGAGAGUGAAACCCCAGAGGGACGAUGUUCUACUAUCCCAGCGUGCUUCAGCGCCACACUGGCUGCUUCGCCACUAUCUGGCUGGCAGCCACACGCGGCAGCCGGCUAGUGAAACGCGAAUACCUGAAGGUGAACGUGGUGAAGACCUGCGAGGAAAUCCUCAAUUACGUGCUGGUACGAGUGCAACCCCCGCAGGCCGGCCUGCCGCGGCCCCGCUUCUCGCUCUAUCUUUCAGCCCAGCUCCAGAUAGGCGUGGUCCGGGUCUACUCACAACAAUGCCAGUACCUCGUAGAGGACAUCCAGCACAUCCUGGAGCGUCUACACCGUGCCCAGCUGCAGAUCCGCAUAGAUAUGGUGGAGACUGACCUACCCAGCCUGCUGCUUCCUAGCCGCCUGGCCAUGAUGGAGACCCUGGAAGAUGCUCCAGACCCCUUUUUUGGGAUGAUGUCGGUGGAUCCCAGACUUCCCAGCCCCUUCGAUAUCCCUCAGAUUCGACACCUUUUGGAGGCUGUGACCCCAGAAAGAAUUCCUGAGGAGAUCCCUCCUGAAGUCCCUACAGAGCCUAGGAAACCAGACAGGGUCCUGGUCACUGCGCUGUCUCCUGAGGCCAUCACUCUCCGGGAGGCAGAGCCCAUACACAUACUGGAGAUUGAGGGUGAACGGGACCUCCCAGAGGUUAGCCGCCGAGACUUGGACCUGCUCAUUGCUGAGGAAGAUGAAGCCAUCUUGUUGGAGGAACGAGUGUCCAAGGAGGAGCCCCGGGCCCUGGAAGUGGAAAUUGCUGUUCCCCCGCUCUCACCUCCAGCUCUUGCACCGGUGGAAGGGGCAGCAGAACCACUUCCAGGUGAGGUCUUGGCCCCAGAGGAGCUGAAGCCAGCAGUCUGGGAGCCCGAGGCCCUGCUUGCUGAGGUGACGCCCCCGAAGGAGCUGCGUCUCCCGGCCCCACUCAGCCCAGAGCGGAAGAGGCCCCCUGUCUCCCCACCUGCUCGCCGUCCCCGCCGCCGCCGCCAGUUAUUGUUUUGGGACAAGGAGACUCAGAUCUCCCGGGAGAAUUUCCAGAAACAACUGCAACCCAGAGUUCACUGCUGGGAGUGUCCAAUGGUGCAGCCUCCUGAGAGGACCAUCAGAAGCCCCACGGAGCUGUUCCAAACCCCAACUUACCGUAAGAUGGUGGGAAUUGGCGUGUGGGAUCUUAGGACCCCGUAUUCCUUAGUGAUCCUUAUGUUUCAAACCCUGUCCCUGCUGCCACCUUGUCCCCACCCAGCUGGCUGGCUACCCCCAGAACUGCUGGCUUUCUGGACCCGCUGUGCCGAGCCACCCCCAAAAGCACUCAGGCGGAUGCCACCCCUGGAGCCCGAGGAGGUGGCAGCGGCUGAGGAGGAAAGGAGAAUGGCUGAAAUUCCGAGUGAUAUUGAGGUCCUGAGGGAGGCCCAGGAGCCCAGUGGGCCCCUCAUGGUGUCUUCAGAGCUCUCCCUAGAAGCAGCUGAGGAGGAGAAGUCUCGCACCAUCCUCGUUCCCCCGGAAGAGCGGUGGGCUUGGGCUGAGGCGGAGCAGCCAGAGGCCCCUGCAUUGCCCGUGGUGCCUGAACUCCCUGAGGUACCCAUGGAGAUGCCUUUGGAGCUGCCCCCCGAGCCUGAGCUACUCUCCCUUGAGGCCGUGCACAGGGCAGUGGCACUAGAGCUGCAGGCCAACAGGGAGCCAGAUUUCAACAGCCUGGUGUCACCUCUCAGCCCUCGCUGGAUGGCCGCCCGGGUCUUCUACCUGCUCCUGGUGCUCGCAAUGCAGCAGAUCCUUCGUAUUGAACAAGAGAAGCCAUACGGGCGCCUCCUGAUCCAGCCAGGGCCCCGAUUCCACUGCGGUUAGUCAACUGAGAAGGCUGACCGUGUCCUGCGUCACCAGACCCUGCCUGCCUCCUUUCUGAACAUGUAUCUCUAUCCU